UAUUGGAGCGAAUCAGCUGAAAGUGAAAUGUCACAUUUUGUUGACAACUCGUUUGUGUUGCGUUUUUGGAGCUUUGUUUUAAUAUUUCUCCCUUUUUGCGGGUUGUAAAUAUUGAGAUGAUCGCGAAAAGUUGUCCAAAAUGCGAACAGCAAGUGGCGGUCGCGUCGAAGAAGUGUAAAUGCGGCUAUUCCUUCUUCAAUGCUCGUCGCACGAUUCGCGGACCCACCCCGGAGGUGGAUGAACGCCGCCGGACCGCCCGCAUUCGACGUGAGAAACCAAAUUUCUACGAUUCACAGCAAUUCGACAAGAAAAAGAAGCGUCAAAGGCGCGUCAAGCAGCAACAAGUUGAUGAGGAGGAGGAUGACAAGGGAGCCAAGAAGGAGACCGCAGCGGUCAGGGCGCGGCGACGACAGCGUCGCAAGGAAGAGGAGGAUGGCGGCGGAAACUUGUUUGCCAGGAUGUCCAAGGAGAAGCAGGACAUGGCGGCCAUCAUUCUGGAGGAGCUGAACCGGAAGAUCGGCGUCGUCCAGUGGCAGCCGACGUGAUAAUUCCCCGCCUCACGGCAAUUAGGCUAUAAGUUUUAGAUUUUAAGAAUAAAACCGCUUUGAAGCCAUAA